CGGUCCGCCAUCUGGCAGCCCGGUAUGCGGCAUGACAGCAUACAACCCAACGAUGUUGUUCCUCUCUUAUUAGUCUUCCCCUUCUUUCAUCUGUCCUCUGUAAAUUUUGUACUCGUCUGUAAUGCCCAUCGCCCACGUUGCCCCUGAAUGUGAACAUGGAACCUCAACCUCCCCCAGAAGCAAUUUCCUCCUCCCCAUACGGACCCAUUCCGCCGCCCUCGGCUCCGGCAGCGUCUUCCUAUCUUCCACAGUCCGACACCUCCACCCUUCCUUAUUACCGGCCGGCAGCCCCUCCUGCUUCUGCUUCACAACCGCCUGAAUCCCACUCUUAUUAUUACCCAACACCACCACCAGCCCCUCCCCAAGCGGCAUCAGCACCUCCAGCCCAAGUGACAUUGCAUACAUCCUCAACUGCAUCCGCACCACCACCCUCCUCGCUCAACAACACCCCAGCCGCUUAUUACCCGCCCGCUGGCGUGGACAACAACCCCAACAACGGCUACAGCUACAGCAACAGCAACAGCAACAGCAACAGCAGCAACCUCACGCAUGCCCUUCCCAUCCCCAUGUCUGACUCCGGCCUGGGCCAUGGGCCUAGUGCCGGCACCAAACCGCCCACCAGCGGGACAAGCACUUUAUUACCAGCACCAGCAUCAGCACCAGUACCAGGAGGAGAAGGGGUAGGAGGAGGGUGGGGAGGAGGCGUUGUUCUUGACCCGAACAACAAUGACGUCACUGCCACUUCUCUGCGCGACUCCCGCUCUAGCACCAUGUCGGCGCUGAAGGAGUACAUUGCGCUGAGGCGGCAGCGCACCAUGGUGAAUGGCGUCCAUGGUGUGCAUGGGGGGGAUAGUGGCGCUGGGGGGAUUGGCGACGGGAAGAUGGCGGGCGAUGUGGAAGAGCGGUUGCGCGUGCAGAGGGGGGCGCUACUCGGGUCCUUGAGGGGCCUGCAGGAGAGGGUGGGGGAGGUGGUGGUGCGGGCGGAGGGGGAGAGGUGGAGGAGGUUUUUCGUUGGGGGGAUCGUCGCCUCCUUCAUUCCCCUCGUCAAGAGGCUCUUCCGCCGCCCUAGGGACGAGCACGAGUCGUCCAACAGGACCGAGUACGCCUUCAAGAAGAGCAAGGGGCUCAUCUCACGGAUACUGGCGUCGGUGCAUCGGCCGGGACUCGGCAGCCUCGCCUUCUUCGUGUUCGCGGUGCUGUACAUCUUCUCGAACGAGGUCUCCCUGCGCGUCGCGAAGACAGUAUCAAAGCGGUUGAGGAGACUUGUAGCCAAGAUCGAGGAUGGCCGUGAGGAGCUGGCGGAGCAUGAUGUGAAAACGUUGGAGGGCUGGAGGUGGAGGAUUCUGAUGUGGAGCGAGUGAUGGCCCUGAAGGGGGGAAUUGCCAGUGUCGACUGAGUAGUUGAUGGUGUUUUGGGAAUGGUCUUGGGGGCAUACACAGGGCUACGGUUUUGGACGCUUUCAUGAUGAUGGAAUGAGAAUGAAGAAUGCGCGAGACGAUAAUCACUACACCUAUUUUACCUCUUCAUAUUCUCACUCCUACUCUUACUCUUGACGUUGGCGGUAUUCUCAUCACUUCACUCGCAGCGUAUCAUGGUGGUGUCUUGCAGAGAAGGACAAAAAUGGAGGGAACACUUGAUCCUGGUGUGGAACAAACAAAAGGUGCCGACAGGAGCCGGUAGUCAAGUCGUCUACAAAGUGUUCCGGAGUAUGACGUCAUACGGAUAUAUUUCAAGACUACUAACGUACGGCAGGUAGUAGUGCUUAGGGACUAGCACAUAUGC